GUGUAGUAGUUCUGAAUGUCGUCGCGAUAUUAAUUUUUACGGAUUUUCAUAAUGGUGAGGACAUUUUGAUUCGGUGAGACUUAGAUCGAUACGUCCGGGUCGGGUCUAGUCUGUAGCUGAGCCUAGCUUUGUGUACAUGUCAGCGAAAAGCAAGUAGGGACAGACAUGACGACUGAACCGGCGACGCCUAGUCAGGCGGACGCCAGCACGGCAUUCCUUCGCGCCGCGCGCGCAGGUCAAAUUGAUAAGAUCAUCAGUCUGCUGGAGCAAGGGGUUGACAUCAACGUUAGCAACGCUAACGGCCUGAAUGCAAUUCAUCUUGCAUCUAAAGACGGACAUGUGGAAGUAGUGAAGGAGUUGCUGCAGCGCGGGGCGUCGAUUGAUGCAGCCACUAAGAAGGGCAACACAGCCCUGCACAUCGCAUCACUCGCUGGACAAGAAGCUGUCGUACGACUACUUGUGCAAAAUGGGGCUCAGGUCAACAUCCAAUCGCAGAAUGGUUUCACUCCUCUCUACAUGGCAGCACAGGAAAACCACGAUGGUGUUGUCAAAUUUCUACUUUCCAAUGGAGCUAACCAGAGUUUGGCUACAGAGGAUGGCUUUACUCCCCUGGCUGUUGCGAUGCAACAAGGCCACGAGAAGGUAGUGGCCGUUCUCUUGGAGGCUGAUACUCGAGGCAGGGUCCGUCUUCCUGCGCUUCACAUUGCUGCCAAGAAAGAUGACGUCAAGGCAGCUAAUUUACUACUAGAGAAUGAACACAAUCCAGACGUAACGUCAAAAUCCGGUUUUACACCUCUACACAUCGCAGCUCACUAUGGAAACGAGGCAGUCGCCCGUCUACUCCUGGCUAAAGGAGCUGAUGUCAAUUGUGCUGCUAAGCAUAACAUCUGUCCCUUGCAUGUUGCUGCUAAGUGGGGAAAAGACAACAUGGUGUCUCUCUUAUGCGAUAAUGGGGCUAACGUAGAAGCUCGCACUAGAGACGGCCUGACACCCUUGCACUGUGCAGCACGUUCUGGUCACGAGAGAGUGGUGGAAGCCUUGUUGGAUAGAGGAGCACCUAUUACCAGUAAAAGCAAGAAUGGUCUAGCACCACUCCACAUGGCUGCUCAAGGUGACCACUCGGAAGCCGCCCGUGUCCUCUUGGGUCGCAGAGCCCCAGUCGAUGACGUCACCGUGGACUACCUGACAGCGUUACACGUCGCCGCACACUGUGGACACGCUAAAGUAGCUAAAUUGUUGUUGGACCGUAAUGCCGAUGCCAACGCACGAGCCCUCAAUGGUUUUACACCUCUACACAUUGCCUGUAAGAAAAACAGGAUCAAAGUAGUCGAACUUCUGCUAAAGUAUGGUGCAAGCAUCCAAGCUACCACCGAAUCCGGCCUGACACCUCUUCAUGUCGCAUCCUUCAUGGGGUGCAUGAACAUCGUAAUAUACUUGCUGCAGCAUGAAGCCAACCCUGAUGUACCCACUGUUAGAGGAGAAACACCCUUACAUCUCGCUGCUAGAGCUAAUCAGACGGAUAUCAUACGAAUUCUCCUCCGCAAUGGAGCUGCCGUAGAGGCAAAAGCCCGCGAGCGUCAAACGCCACUCCAUAUCGCGUCUCGACUGGGCAAUGUUGACAUUGCAGUGUUGUUGUUGCAACAUGGUGCUGACGUCCGGGCAAUGACUGCAGACCAUUAUAACGCACUUCACAUCGCUGCUAAACAGCAUAACCAUGAUGUUGCCGCGGCGUUAAUCGAACAUAAUGCACCAUUAACUGCUACCACAAAAAAAGGGUUCACGGCUCUUCACCUGGCUGCCAAAUAUGGAAAUCUGAAGGUGGCCAAUCUCUUAUUAGCAAACGGAGCAUCACCAGAUCAGGCCGGCAAGAACGGCAUGACCCCUCUACACAUCGCAGCUCAGUAUGACCAGCAGGCUGUUGCUAAUACACUACUGGAGAAGGGAGCGGACGCCAAGGCUGUGGCAAAGAACGGGCAUACACCACUGCAUAUAGCUGCUCGUAAGAACCAAAUGGAAACAGCGGCUACUCUCCUGGAAUACGGAGCGUUGACAAAUGCAGAAUCAAAGGCUGGAUUUACUCCACUUCAUUUGGCAGCACAACAGGGUCAUACGGAGAUGUGCGCACUGUUAUUGGAACAAAAUGCUGAGGUAGACCAGCAGGCCAAAAAUGGUUUGGCAGCGUUACACCUGGCUGCGCAAGAAGACAGGGUGCCAGUGGCACAGUUGCUGAUUAAGAACGGCGCUCAGGUGGACAUUGGCACUAAGGGUGGUUACACACCUUUGCACAUCGCUAGCCACUAUGGACAGGCUAACAUGGUUCGGUAUUUGUUGGAAAACGACGCAUCUGUUAAAGCUCAGACUACACAUGGCUACACUGCCCUGCAUCACGCGGCGCAACAAGGCCACAUUAACAUCGUCAAUAUUUUGUUGGAACAUAAGGCCGAUGCUAAUGCAACCACUAUGAACGGUCAAACUCCACUAGACAUAGCUUCAAAGCUAGGCUAUGUGACUGUGAUGGAGACCCUGAAGGAAGUUUCGGAGCCUUCCCUCGCACCAGCCUCUCAGGAAAAGUACAAAGUUGUGGCACCAGAGACUAUGUUGGAGACUUUCAUGUCGGACUCUGAAGAGGAAGGUGGUGAAGACACAAUCCUAAAUGACCAGCCAUACAGAUAUCUAACAGCUGAUGAUAUGAAGUCACUUGGUGAUGACUCUCUCCCCAUUGAUGUUACCAAAGAUGAGAGAACAGAAUCUGCUAUGAGUCAUAAGAAUAUUAUGGAAAUAUCUCAUGGUUCUAUGAACGGUCUAGGUUUCCUACCUCAAAGUGAAGUGGUAGUGAAGAGUGUUAGCCGAUAUAGCACUGCACAUGCACCAGAGGGAUAUUGCUACAAUGUCGACCCGACUUUGCCCAAGAAAAAGUUACAAUGGAAGAAUUUCCUGGUAUCAUUCCUCGUGGACGCUCGUGGUGGAGCGUUACGCGGGUGUCGAGGUGGAGGGGUCAGGGUUAUUGUACCCCCUCUCUCCGCGCAACAGCCUACCAGAAUCACAUGCAGAUAUUUAAAACCUUCGCGCAUAAACCACAUGCCACCAUUGAUGGAAGGAGAGGCUUUAGCAUCAAGGGUCUUGGAGAUGGGACCUAUUUCUUCCAAGUUUUUGGGGCCAGUUAUACUAGAAGUACCGCACUACGCAUCCCUCCGAGGCAAGGAACGGGAGAUUGUUAUUCUUCGUUCAGACAAUGGAAGUAGUUGGAGAGAACAUAACACAGACGCAACAGAUGAUGUUGUACAAGAUAUACUGAACGAGACUUUGGAAAUUGAAGAUACAAGCGAGGAAGAAAAGAGUUGGGAAGCAGCUAGAGUGACGCGUAUUUUAACUCACGACUUCCCACAGUACUUUGCCGUUAUAUCGCGUAUACGACAAGAGGUGCACGCAAUUGGGCCGGAAGGCGGCAUGGUUUCAAGCUCAGUAGUACCACAAGUACAAGCGGUGUUCCCACAAGGGGCUCUCACAAAGAAAAUCAAAGUUGGCCUACAGGCUCAGAUAAUUGAUUCGGAACUUACCGCGAAACUUUUGGGACGAGGCGUAGCAGUUUCUCCUGUAGUAACAGUAGAGCCUCGCCGCAGAAAGUUCCACAAAGCUAUAACUCUUAGUAUGCCAGCUCCAAGGCCGCAUACUCAGGGCAUGACCAAUCAAUACAGUACAUCAUCAGCGCCAACAUUGAGGCUUCUUUGCUCCAUAUCAGGGGUAUUUCGCAAAAGAUCUCUCGAAGGAGGAACGAACCGCGCUCAUUGGGAGGAUGUUACCGAGAACACGCCGCUGACUUUCGUGAAUGAUUGCGUCUCAUUCACAACCACAGUAUCAGCUAGAUACUGGCUAAUUGAUUGCAGACAUGUUGAGGAUGCUACUAAAAUGGCUACGGAAUUAUACAGGGAGGCAAUUCACGUACCAUUUAUGGCCCGUUUCGUAGUGUACGCGAAACGUACGGAUGAAACACAGGCUCAACUACGAUUGUUCUGCGUCACAGAUGACAAAGAGGACAAGGCAUUGGAAAGGAUUGAACGGUUCAUCCAAGUCGCGAAGAGUCGGGAUGUAGAGGUUCACGAAGGUAAAUCUAUAUACCUAGAAUUUGGUGGAAAUCUGGUACCAGUAGCAAAAUCUGGGGAGCAGCUCUCAAUACCAUUCAGAGCGUUCCGAGAGAACAGAUUAGCUUUCCCAGUGAUGAUCAAGACCCAAGACCUAGAGCCUAUUUGCCGAUGCCAGUUCAUGAGGGACCCGAAGGUGCCUAAAGGAGAACCUUCGCCGACACCGAUCGCAGUAUUAAACAUAAUGGCUCCUGACGACAUACCAGCCGAGCGAAUAUCUCCAGUACAAUCUGACAAUUUGCCUCGUCGUACUGAGGAACAGGAGAGGAUAUGGCGACAACGGCUUAGUGAUCCAAGAUUAGAAGACAUAUGUAAUCUCCUGGGUAAGGAUUGGGUGGCACUUGCGUAUGAAUUGGGUGUAAGUGUUGCCACUGUUAAUCAGAUACAGGCAAAACGUAUCACUACAUCUGAGCAGGCGCAACUUAUGCUCAAAUUGUGGAAGACUCAAUCUGGGACCAAAGCCCUAGAUAAUUCAUUAGAAUUGGCUCUAUGCCGUAUAGGCAGAGACGACAUAAUCGCAUCACAUUCAGAAGGAAUUAACGAGCGAAGAAUUCAACGUAAUAUUUACCAAGAGAGACAGGAGUCAGAAGAAAUAGAGGCAUAUAGAGCUGAAGAGGACAACAAACUAAAAGACAUCAUGGAUGACAGUCAAAUAUCUGAGCGUACACAUACAGAGGACAUGGAUCAAGACGAAGCGAAAUAUUCACCGGAAGAAAAAUCAUUCGUGGAUAAGAGUGAAGUUGAAAGAACACCUACACCAAGUGAAGAAAGUGAAGAUGAAGAUGUAAAACGUAGUGUCGCUGAGAGAAAACAGCAAAUAACAAAAAAAUUAAGUUCUAGUAAAGUACCAGCAUCUAAGCAAAAGAAAGAAAUUCGCGAGGAGAUAAUUGAAAUUAAAACUCAAAUAAAACCAGACAUAAAAAAAUUCCAUGACAUAGAACAACAGGUAAAAGAUAAGGAACCUAAAUUAGAAAGAACUCGUUCAAAAACUUCGCCAGAAACUACUGAUGCGCAGGAACAUCAAGAAACCGAAACUGGCAAAGAAAUCAUAACUGAAAAGAAAGAAGAAGUCAAGGAAUUUAAAACAGAGCCGUUUAAAAAGUUUGACCCAUCAUCACCGUCAAAACCAACACCAAAACAUUUACAAAGGCACAUGCGCAAUGAAUCGAUGCGAUUUCCAUCGGGAGAUUUCUCCAAUAUUAUUAUAACUCCUAAAAAAUCCUUAACUACUGAAACCACUGAAACAAAGACGUCAGAAACCAAAGAAACUGUAACGAAAGAAAUAAUUUCUCAAAAAGAAAUAGAUAGAGCUAGAGUGGAAGAAAAAUUGGACGAUGGCGAAAAAUCACCUGAGCUUGUAGAGGAGAAGGAUGUAGCUGAAGCCACAUUAAGGGAUAAAAUAAGUGUAUUCGAGACGAAAAUAAUAAAAGAACCACAAGUUGAUGCGAGUCAGACAGUAAAAUUAACAAAAGAAGCUCUCAAAAAACACACAAUGGAGCAUGAUCAAAAUAUUGAAUACACACAUGAGUUUGUUCGAGAGCAAGCAAAACAAUUAGAAACGGAAAAACAAGAGACUCAAAAAACUGAAAUCUCUUCAAAAGAAGUUGAGACUGUAAAAUCAGUUAAAGAAACCAUACAAAGGUUUGACUCAAAAGUAAUCAUAGAAGAUAAAUCUAAAGCCUUUACAAAAUCAACAAGAACCGAUUCAACAAUAGUACAAGUAUCAUCAGAAGAAGACAGUGAAUUUUUGAAAAAAUCCACUGAUUCUGAAACAGAGACAGAAUCUCAAACAACAAUUAAAGCCGAAAAAGAUAAAUUAAAAAAAGUUGACAUGAGUAAACAAAUAUUUGAUAAAAAGACAGGAUUGAAAGAUAAACUAGAUAAGGAUCAUGACAGAAAGGACGAUAAUGAUGAUAAGCCACUUAUUUCUAUUAAAGGAAAAAUUGAAAAGCAACUUACUGAUGAGUUAAGAAGUAAAGUUAGUGAAGAAGAAAUUACAGAAACGUUUGAAGAAAAGGAUGUAUCAGUAGAUGAAAGCAAAAAGAAGGCUGAUACUCAGCAAUCCGUUACAAGUUUUAAGUCUGAAAUAAGUAAGACUAAAACAGACUCUGGAGAUUCUGAAGGACCAGAAGAUCACAAAGCAUCUGCUGUUGAAAAACAGGAUUCGUUGGCUGAUUUACAGCAAAGUACUGAAAAAGAUGUUAGCUUCAUUUCACAGACUGAGUCUAAGGUUUACUCUAAACAUAGAAGCGAUUCACUAGACGAAAGCUCACAAUUUUCGGAUUUAGAGGAUCAAAUUGGUAUGAGUCCUGCUCAUAAGCCAUCUCUUGAGAAGGUUGAGGAACCAGAAGAAAUUACUUCAGAAACAAUAGAAUCAGCUCGCUUGCAAACGCAAGAAUUUUUGCUGUAUGAAACUCAAUACACUUCACAAACACAGGUUGUUUCAAUGGAACAUAAAGAGGCUGUUAAGAUUCCUCCUAAAGAAUCGCCUGUUAUUAGUGCCAAGGCACGGCAGUUUAUAGAAACCGUUCCAGAAGACGACUCAGUUCAAGAAUGUUUCUUCUCAAAACGUAUUUAUUCAGACUCAUUAGAGGACUCUGAACACACUGAUUCGCGGCGCCAUUCAGAGGCCGAAUCAUUAAAAUCAGACCAGUCUGAUAUGAAAGCCAAAGUUUCUUCAUCUGACUUUGAUGAGAGGGCAGAAUACGAAGAAACAGCAGAUUCAGGUAGUGGAUUCGGAGAUGAGAAGUUUGAGGAAAGUGUAGGUUUUACCUCCAUGAGAAUCGACCCUAAACCAUUAGAUUCAGACAAGCAAAGUUCAAGCACUAGUGAAGAAAAAGAAGUAGAUGUUGUAUUUAAAAAAAUGACCCCUAAAAGACAUUCAAGAACUGAAUCUGUUUCAAUAUCAAAAUUAAGUGAUUUGAUGACUGAUUCGGAACCAAUGAAACUAAAACAAGAAUUUCAAAUAGUUGUCACUGAAGCCGAAGAAAUUGACAAAUCAUUUGAAAAAGAUGAAGUAUCUGAUAAAAUUUCUUCAGAAAGUAGCCGAGAAAUUGAAAUGUCUGAUAGAAAAUCAUCGGAAGGAAUUUCAGAUAAAAUAAGUUCAGAAGAUGCUGUAACUGACAAAAAGUCAUCUUCAGAAGAUCAUAAAGAACGUGAACAAAUUCUAGAAAAAGAGACUACGAAAUCUGUGAAAGAUAUUAUAAAAGACUUUGAAAGUACAAAAGUGGAACUUAAGGAAGAUAUUGCAGAUCUUGAUACUAAGCGUCAGUCUGUAGCAUCAGCAGAAUCUGGGUCAGUGACUGAACUCCGGUUAGAAGAAAAACGACCAUCUGACGCUCGUAGCCUGACAGAAUCGAGAGAUUAUACCUUUGAGGAGUCAGAGGAUGAUAUCGGAACACAGGGUACACACCUUGACAUAAAAGACAAAAUGGAUUUAAAAGACAUCGAAAGCAAAAAGUCACUAGGUAAAGAAGAAAUGCCAAAACUAUCCAAAUUAAUACAUGGUGAUUCCUUAGAUGAUGUUGAAGCUUUUCCUGAAGAUCAUGUUGCAGAUUAUGUACAUAAACUUCCGCAUAUAGAAGAAAUAAGUUUGGAUAAAAAAAUUACUAGUCAAUUCUUGGCAAAAGAACGAGAGGAACAACUGCAUGAAAGCACUAUUAGUACAAGUAAACAGUCGCAAGAUGUUACAAUUGUUUCAAAAGAUGAAUGCCAUGCAACAUCUGAAAAAUCCUUAGAUAAAUUGAUUCCUAUUGCUAAAGCAACAGAUACAGACACUUCUACCCAAACAGAAAUAAACAUUGGAGCAGAAGGUGAAAAAAUAACGACUACUACGGUUACCGAAGUGAUUAUGUCAGAAACUGGAGACAAAACUACAAAAGUAACUGUAACAGAAAAUACUAAAUAUCCAUCUGGCCAAGAAACUAUAACUACCAAGGUUUCAGAGAAUGUUUUGAAAUCUACAAAGGAACAAGAACAAUUUAUGACAAGUAACUUACAGUCUGUAGAAAUAGAGGAUGAAAAGUUAGAAAGAAAACAUGAAAGUAUUGAUACGCAUGUAGAUACAAAGAUUGGCGAAGCAGGAGAAAAUAUAACUAUUACUACUACAGUUAAAAAAAUUAAAACAGCUUCAGGAGAUGACAUAGUCCGGACUACUAUAACGGAAACAACUAAACAUCCUUCUGGUGAAGAAUCUGUUUCUACUAAAGUAACGGAGUCUAUCACCUCACAAGAACAAAUGUUUAGUACAGUAUCAGUGUUAAGAAAACCGGAAUUCGAAAAACAAAAAACCCUUAAAAUGGAAAAAGAUACUGAGGCUCAGUCUACUCAUACUGAAGUAGAUAUUAAAACAGGUGAAACCGGUGAGCAAAUAACAACUACUACAACAGUAGAACUUACAAAAUUGCCAUCUAGUGAAGAAAUACAAAAGACAACAAUAACAGAAGUUGUUCAAUAUCCUGAUGGCAACCAAACCACUUCAACUAAAGUUUCGGAGAGUAUACAAUCUAAAAUAUAUACUGAAGAAUUAACAUCAAAAUCUUACAGUGACAUUGUUGUGGAUAGUAAAUUUACAGAUAAUUUUGACGAAAUUAAACAAAAGAGAGCACAUGUCAUUGAACCUAAAUUUGAUGUAACUAAGAUAAGAACUGAUACUCUUAGUAAACUUGAAAUCGCAGAAGCUAUGGGUGAUAUAAAAGAAACAAAACAGUUUAUACCUAAAGAUUUACCUAUUGAUGAUAUUCCGGAAAUUUGUAAAGAACAAAUCAAGCCAGUAAUUGAUGAUAUCUUACAAAAGGGAACAAUAGCAGCAGCUGCAAGUCGGAGUCCUACAAUUGAAAAAGACGUUAAAAGCAAAGAUGUGACAGAAACAGAAAAAAGAAGUUACGACGCAAAAGUUCCUCAAAAAGAUGAACGGCGACAUUCUUGUAUCAGCCCUGCUAUAUCUCUCGAACGAAUAGCAGAAUCUGAAAUAGAAGCAGAGGAAGAAUACUCAAAAUCAAAGAAAAUUACCAAAUUUAUCGAACAUAAAUCUACUGGGGAACUAAAAAAAUCUGAUUCUGCGAUGAAGGAAAUGGCGGAUAAUAUUGAAAUUAUUAUUAAGCAGGCUUCUGAAGAAGUUGACUUGUCUUCUGAAGAGGCAGUAUUUGAGAAAGAUGAAUCAUCUCCACAAGAAAUUACAGAAACUACAAAAGAAUGUUCUACUGAUGACCUCAAAAAAAUUAAAGAAAAAACAGGUAUUGAAGUACGGGAAAAAUUGCAUAAGGGUAUUAUAAUAGAAGAAUGCAAAAUUAUAAAAGAAAGGCCAGCAUUGAUGAAAUCUUUAUCAAAGGAUAGUGGUGAAAUAGUUAUUUUACCUAAAAAGAAACAUGCUCGAACUUUUUCUGUACAAAGCUCCCCAGAUGAAGUGGAAGAACAAAUUUAUACAGACUCUGAAUCAGAUAUGGAUAAAGCAAAGGUAUUAGAGAUUAUAGAACCGACAUCUGAUAUGGAAGGUAAAAUUAUCGCUACUAGUUUUGAUAUUAGGAAGGUUAAAACUGACUCUCUAGAUGAUGCUGAUGACUUUCCUGAAAAAGAGAGCGAAUUUUUCGAGGAAGGGAGAGAUAUUGAAGAUCCAUUAACUUAUGAAGAAGACAAAUUGUGUAGAAAACCUGAUGGUCCAAGUGCUAGUCAGUUCAAAGAUCAAACAGAAGACAAAACACAAGAAAAAUUUGUGAAAAAAACUCAUUUUGUAGAUAGUAUCCUGAGAUCUGAUUUGGUUUCUAAAUCGACAACAGAAUCGUCUGUAACCACUGUUGUGUCUACAUUAACGAAAUCUUCGGAUGAAGAACUAAAGUCGGUUGUAGAAGACGGUACAUCUGCCGAUUUUUCUAAAUUAAGUGGUGCCGACUUAAUGAAGGACUCUUCUAAAACGUCUCUUGAUCACAAAGAUGAUUAUAGAACUGAAGACCAAUUUGAUGACCGUGCAACUCCUGACUUAUCGAAAAAGUCUUUAGAAUUAACAAAAGAUUACUCCAAAUCAUCCAUUGAUAGCAAAGAUACCUCCAGAGAUUUUGCAACAAAUGAAUUAUCUAAAGACUCAACUGUUGAUUUAACCAAAGAUUUCUCGAAAGCUUCAAUAGAUAGCGUUAAAGAAACUCGUUCUAUUGACGAGAAAACGUUUUCAGAAGAUCAUUCAUCCUUGGAUAUUUCUAAGACAUUGGCGUCUGAUGCAUCAGACGGGGUUAGCAAAGAAACAGAUGACGACAAAUCAGCGUCUAAAUUUGCACAACAAACAUCAAGUUCCUCACAUGAAACUAGCAGGUUCUUUAGUGAAUAUGAAGAUAAGUUUGAUAAAACAAAAACAAUAGAUACAUCUGAACAAAGUAAGGAUAUAUCGUGGUCAUCUGAGCAGGCAUUUAGUCAAUCUAAGACUGAUAUAGUAUCAGAUAUAAAAGUGACAUCAUCGAAAGUUACUAUAGACAAAGUCACAAGUAAAGAAACAGACAAACGUGUAAAAAUAGCCGGUGCUGAAGAUGCACUAAUAGAAGUUCAUGAACAAGAUAUCGAUGAGUCUACUAUUGAUGAGGAAACUGAAAUGAGAGAUAUGAAAGAAUUAAACAGGAGAUGUUCAAACCUUCUUGAAGAUAUAUCAGCGCAGGGUGCGUUGAUAAGGAUUGAUUCAAGUCAUGUAGCACAUGACCUUGUAUCAAAACUAUCAAAGACUCCACCGCCAUCUCCUGUGGAUCUUACAAUUCGUGAUAAAGCGAAAGCUGGUGAAAGUUCUGGCGACAAGCAAUCCGGGCUACAACUAGCAGGUUCGGAGACGACGUACCUGGAUGCAAGUAGACAGUCACCGAGAGCGUCCUCUGGCGGAGAUAGUUUUAUUAGUGAAACAGACGCUCAUCAAAGCGAUGUAUUAUCUGAUGCAACCAAAGUACUCAGCGCCGCCACUACACCAAGAUCACCGUCAAAACAUUUAGCUGAUAAUUUAGCUUUCGUAAAUGUUGAUAAGCCGACCAUAACGAGUGGUGCCAUGGAAUUAGUUGAUAGGACUAUUGAAAAAAGUAUCGACGUCAUCGAUCAAAUUAAAAAAGAAAAACUUGCUGUUAAGAUGGAGGAAAUGCAGAGAUCAACAUCCACCGACACUUUUUACACUGAAUCUAGAGUAGAAACAUCUACUUCAUCUUCAUCAGUACAUAAAACUGUGGAAGGAUCACAAUUAGUGUUUCAAAACAUCGAUCCAAAGGCAGUUAUGACUGACAUGAUAAAAAAGUUCGGAACUACUACUAGUGAGUUUAGUACUGUUUUAUCACACAAGGAAACCGAAGUGAAAAAAAUAUCUGGGCAAGAAUUUUUUUCUGAAACAAAGCAGGUUUCUUCCUCUGACGACGAUUCACUAAUUAUAAAAACGCAAACUAGUCAUGAACUAAGAGGACAAGAGCACGAAAUAAAGGAAAAAACUAUAAUUCGAAGAGAUGGAGAACAGACAGAAACAUCGCAAAAGAAAAUGGAAAGAGCACAUGAAGCAACUGCAAAAAGGUCUGAUACUGAAACAAAAACUGUUUUUAAAAGUACGGAUGAUACGGAUAUAGUAAAAGUAGAGAGGGAAUUUACAGAGCAAGGCUUGUAUAGUGGAAGGCAAACCAAGUCGGAAGAGCGUAUGACCGCACUUAAAGAUGAAACGGUUAAGAAAAAACAUGAGGUUAAAAUAUCUGAACGAGACUUAUCGCAUGAGCAAUGGGGAAAAGAAUAUUUUACUCAACCAGGUGAACUGGAGGAUAUACAUGAGGUUGAUGACACAAAAACUAAAGUAGCAUUUGUAGAUUCGGCUCUAAAGAUAGUAGAGAAAGAUGAAGUCGUAUCAAGCGUUGAGGUAUCAGAGAAGGGUAAAGUAGUGAGUUCGAAAGUAGAACAUCACAAAGAAGAAUCUAUUAUAGAGAGUAAAGAACAUGACGAUUUAAGUUCUGAUGCAUCACAUGCACCUAGUUUUAAAAGUGAAACUGCAGACAGACGUGGCUCCACAGAAGGAAGUCCUAAAAGUAAAUCAAAGUCUUUCAAAAAAGACGAUGAAACUUACGAAGUAAAUUUUAUCAAGGAAAUACGAGUGUCAACUUCUCCAGUUAAAAGCACUUUUAGUCGAACUGGGAGUCAAGAUACCCAUUCAGAAUCAGAGAUAGCUCCCGAAUUGCCCCAUGAUGCAGAUACGCCUAAAAAAGAAAAGGUUUCUAAAUCACCAGUGAAAAUUUCCCAAAAUCAAAUAGAAGAACAAGUGUUAUCUAUUCAAAAAUCAGAAACUGGGGAUAUUGAAAUUGGAUCUUCUAAAUCUACCGUAAUUAAGUCAGUUGAAACUACAAUGACUAGUGAUAGCGACACCGUGUUUGAAUUAAAAAUAUUGGGUGAAGCUAAAAUGGACAAUGCUUCUCCAAAAGCAACUAAAAUAGAUAUUGUAUCACCAGGGGCCGUAGAGAUCUCAGAAGAACAGAGUACUUCGAAGGAUAUUAUGUUUAAAUCUGCAGACAGCGUAGAUACUGAAUGCAUGAUUAAAUCUUUAGAAUCACAUGAAGGUGAAAUCUUACAAAAAUCUAUGGAUUCAACUGUUAGUGCUGAAACCUUACAUCCAUCUGACUUUUCGACAGAAGCAGACUCAGCGUUUCUUACAGGAACGGCAACUGAUCAUAAAAAAGAGGAAUUAAAACUAACCAAGGAAAAAAGUAUGGAAGAUAUUUGUAGCAGUGGCUACGAUACAGACCUCUCUUCUGCUGAAUUUCAAGCAGCAAAACAUGAUAAAGAGAAGAUUGAUCUAGAUACAAUUAUAUCAAAUCAACCAUUAACUGAUUUGUCUGUUUUAGAAAAAACUAUUGAUGAAGUAAAACAGUCACUUGAAGCCGCCCAAGUGGAAAUUAUAAGCGAAAAAAGUGAUGGUAGUAUAAAAUAUAAACAAUCGCCAUCAGAAUUUCAAUUUAAAAUAUUAUUAAGUCCUGAUCGACCUGAAGUUAUAACAGAGGAACCUCAACAUAGUGACGAUAUAGCUGCUAAAAUAGUAGUAAGAGAAAGUGAAGAAAUAUCCGAAAGCAUAUCACAUAAGUUAAGUUCUCAUGAAGAAUUUAGUUUGUCAGAUACUGAAAUGAAAGAAACUAUUGUCAUGAAGGAACCAAGCCCGCCAUUAGACGCCGAUGUUUCUAUUAAAUCAGAUAGUGGGCCUCAUUCUAUUUUAGAAACUGAAAGUGAAAUUAUGUCUGAUAGAGAGUUGUCAUCUAAGGGAAGUCCGGAAGUUAAGCUGCGAGUCCAAAAGCAUAUGAAAUCGAAACUAGGUAUCACUGAAAGGCGUUCAGCUUCAGACAUUGAAGGGUGGUCAAGUUCUGGAGAAAGUCACUAUCAAAGUUUCGAACAUUCAGAAAGUAGACCUUUGUCGUCUGAUAUUGAAGUUAUGAUGACAGCACAAAGUGGAACUGAGUUUGAAACAGCUUUAACAAGUCAUGAUAUCUCAUCUCAAUCUCUUAGAACUUCGAAAGACUAUUACACAGCAUGCAGUUCUCUUGCGUCAAGGGACAGUGUGAAAAGCUUAGAUUCGGAUGCUUCCAGCCAUGUAGCAAGCAUCGAUAUAUCUGAUGCAUCAGAAACUUUAGUUCCUUCGGCGAACGAAUUAAAAGAAGAAUUAAUGGAAAGUAGUACAUAUGUAGAACAAUUUCUCCAUGAAACUGAAAAGGAUCUUACAAAAAAAGUAAGUGAAGAGGAUGAUGACCAGAACGGUGAUGAAGAUAAUUAUAAGGAAGAUGCAGAAGAACCAAUUGGCAAAAUGAAAAGAUCACACGAAAUGAGAUUUCAACCGAAAGAUAUGAUACCAGAGCAUUUUCCUUUAGAAACCACUUCCGAAAGUACAGAAUUUGAUGAGGACUCCUUAAAAGAUAAAGAAGGUUCAGAUACCACUAUAUCAAGUCAAUUGAAGACAGACGAAAUUUUAUCAUCUUCAAUUUCCAAGUUAGACAUGUCAUCGUCACAAUCACAACUAGACUUAGAUAAAGAAGAAGUCCAAGAAACUAUAAGUAGAACUUCGUCACGUUCUGACCAUGCAGUUCCAUUUUCUGUUACAAAAAUUGAAAGAACACAAAGGCAGUUUGUUGAUAUUGAUAGUGAAAUAAUUCCAGUUGGGUCUGCUGAAUAUCAACAAAUAGAACAGUUCGGGUGUAUUAUGACUGACUCUACAACAAAGACUUCCAAAGGAACUACUGUAGAAAAAACCGUUGUUCUAAGUGAUUUAAGUUCUACUCCAAAUAUUGACGUUUCAACAUCCUCCAUAAUUGAAGUUAAAGAAGAAUUUGUUAAAAAAUCAGUGCAAGAUAUUGGUGCUAUACCGUUUUCACUAACUGAAAAGCCCCCAAGUACACGAGAAUUUGCCGAUGUUGAAGAUGAUAUAAUACCUGUUGGUUCCAAACAAUAUGAGGAAAUAUUAAAGUCAAAAAGUGACUCAUCAGUUCCAAAAACAAAAGCGGAAAAAUCUAUUUUACCGGAUGAUGAUAGAUUAGAGAGCAAACAAAGUUCGGCUUCCAGUUUGAAGACUCAAGAAUAUAUUUCAACACCACAUACCCCAUUAUCAGCGCCCAGUCAAAGCUCUAUUUCCACUGACAAUGGGCGUGAAUACAUAUUAGAUGAUAUUUAUGAUAUAUCUGAAGCACCAGAACUUAAAUCUGAUGUAGUUACUGAAAGCAGCAAAUCUGAACUUGUGGUCACAACAGACGAUAGAACGUUGAAACAUUAUGAAAAAGAACAAGAUUCACCUACGAGUGAUGAAUUUGAAAUGGUUGAUAAACCAAGUGAAAUGGAUGACUUCGUGGUAAUUGAAGAAGUUGCCAAAGAAGCUCAGGAAACUGAUCCAGAGGGUAAAAGCUUACAAAUUAAGACGCAGAAAUACGUCGUAAGACAUGAUACUGAGGUUGAGGACUAUCUGUCAAAAACUACUAAAAAGCAAGAAAGUACCAGCAGUACCUCCGGGUCCUCUGAUGAUGACAUGCAAUAUGAAAUGGAACAAAGUAGAUUACAAGCUCAGGAGUUAGCAGAAAUUGAAGCUGGUAAACGCUGGAUACAGAUGCAGUUUGAAGGAGAUCCACGUUACGAUUAUGAAAGGAUUCCUUUAGAGGAUAUUAAAGAAGAAGAAAUGACAGAUUUCGAUGCUAGUCGUAUUGGAAGUUUAAGUUCCCAAAAAGAAUCAAUAGGCAGUUAUGGUAGUUUUAGAAAUUCCUACGGAAGUUUAUCUGAAUCGGAAAUGGCCUCGCGUAUGAGAUUUAGAAUAAAAGGAGAAAAUGAUGAUAUAUCAAUUAGCUCUCUCCAAGAGUUUGAAAACCUAGAAAGGGCUUUAAUGGAACAAUAUCAACAAAACUCCUCAUCUUCUCAAGAUUCAUUAAAUGGUUCUUUACCCCGUCGGUAUAUUUUAAGUAAAAAUCAAGGCGAAGAAAUAGAAAUUUCUAGUCUAAAAGAAUUUGAAGGACUUGAAUCAGCUUGCCUAGAAGCCCUUAAAGCAGAACUACUUGCUAAGCAAAAGGAAGCUCUUCUCUUGGCGGACCCUAAAGUUGUUAGUGGUAGUUUCUUAGAACAAGAAAAACGUUCUUAUGACAGUAGUUCAGAUAGCAGUCCACCUUUAAAAAGUGGUAGUCCAGGCCCGAAAUCUGGGAGUCCAUCUCAAAAGAAUGGAAGCCCAUCUCAAAGGGUUGGAAGUUAUGGCAGCCCCUCACAGAAAUUAUUAGCAGAUUCGGCGGCUAUAAAAAAAUUAAUUGAUCAACAACUAGCUUUAGAACAGCGUAUGCAAGAGUCACGACCAAAAAUAGUAACUGUUAAGAAGUACGACGACAAAGGAGCGUUCUUUGUUCCUGUUCCAGACCCUGAAAUUUCAGAACCCAAAGCAACGGAAGUUAUUGAAGAAUGUGCGAAGAAAUCUUCUUUCGUCUGUGCAGCUGCACCAAGUGAUGGUUCUGCUGAAUCCAUUCCUGGUGAUUGCGAAGAAAUGAUGAAAAUUUUAGAUCAAGAAGAAAAGUCAAAAGAAAAAAUAUCUAACACAUUACGUGAAGGAGGCGUGAUCGAAGUUGUUAGAACGACGACUGUCAUUCAGCAGCGCUUUGUGGAUGGAAAGAAAGUAUCAGAAAGUGUAACCGCUACAGAAAGUGAGGGUGUUGAUAUUCCAACCAGAACAUACCAUGAAGAAUGCGGCAUGUCUCUUAGUUCUGAAAUGUCUUCAUCUUUAGCGUCACAACCUUCGGAAAUGGAUAGUUUAAUGACGGUGUUAGACCGGCAGCACAGUGAAACGGAAAUAGUAUACUCCCGACAUAGUGUGACUGUAUCAGCAGAGAGGCCUGAAGAUUUAGAUAUCUCUAGAGAAAGUAGUGCAAUACGUGAGCUAUCACCCUCAUCCGGGAGGUCGGUAGCUCACAGUAUUGUGUCUGGUAAACACUUUACAGAUCCAGCCAGCGGUUCUUGGAGUGUUCAAGACGAAGAGUUAAGUUCUUCUGGAAGUUUUAGUCGAGCCCGUGCGGACUUGAUGCUUGGAAGUACAGAUAGUUUGGAAGCAACAAGCUCAAACGCAACUCGAGCUACAUACAACUAUGAAGUUGAUACUCCGAUGACUGGGAGCCUUACAUCUGGAGCGCUACCACCUCCAGGAUCGAACACCAUGGUAUCGUCCCUUGAUACCCUGGACCCUGUCACCGCGGUUCAAAUGGAAAGCCUCGAACACCAAUCCACUAGUGAGCAGUACUCACACUUUGAGGUCCAUGAACCGGAUUCAGAUACUGAGAGAUUGGAACUUGAUGGAAGGAUCCCAAAGACCAAAGAGAGGACGAUAAUGUUCGACAGUACGGACACACUAAGUGCCGUAAGCGCUGAUAGUUCUGUAAGAGAAGCAGCCGUUGAAGCUCCAGCUGCAACCUUCUAUAUCGGCGAUACACCAAUAAUGCGAGGAGAACACCAAGAAGAAGAGGAUCAGCCGACAGUUCUUUCUGGCAGCUGCCCUGCUUCAUUGCCACCCACCACUACUUCGACACCUAUACCUGCUCAACGAAGCUGCUAUUGUUUAAGUCACCCCCAAGACAAGACUGAAAAAUAGAUCCUUGACGAUGAUCGCAAAGCCGCCACACUCAAGCUUAGAAGAAGAGGCAAAGAAGUAAAGAAAAAGACUACUGUUAAUUUUUAAAAUUUUAACAUUAUUCUAGCCAUGAAUUGGUGAAGCCAAUAAUAAAGGAAUAAAAUUAUAUCGAUAUACAUGCUUAGUUUAGUACCAUCGACCAAUUACUACAUUUCAAUAUAUCCCUUGUGCUUUAGUCGCAAUUCGUAUUGAAUUUAAUAAACAUAUGGAACGAUUAGUUCAAGAGUGAUCAAUGAUAAUAUCCCUUGAAGUUCAUCAAGCACUUUGGGCGUAAGUACAUAUGCUUGAGACAACAUAAGUAAUAUCUUUGAAACAGUAAUAAUAUAUCAUUAAAUUUUAAACAAAAUUUUGUUCCUAUAUUAUUGGCCAGCAAGCUUUAGUAUUUUUGAUGCAAAGCUUUAGCACUCUUCAAAACAUUUCCGUCAACAAGACUAUAAAUUCAAACUAUUGUGGAGUUAUUACACCCAAGAUUUUGAUCCCAAUGUAACCGUAUUUGUAGUUCAUGUAUCAUUAAACUAGACUAAUAUUUUGGUACUAACUUUUGUACUGUCGGGUUCCGACUGUCCAUACUCGACCUAUAACUGAGAUCCUGCAGCGUGCUUAAAUAGUUUUAGUAGAUUUUUUAUC